UAAUCACACAGACACACCCACCAGAGUUUAACGUUACCACAGGCGGACGUGCUGUUCUGUGUGGCGGAAUGCUGCGCGUCCUGCUCCACCUGUUCGACCGGUAGACUACCUCUGCUCAGGGAGCAGGACAAUACCGAGGGGAAGUGGGGGUGCAGGAGGAGGGAGGAAAGUGGAUAAAAGGAGGGUGCUGCAGGGUGAAGCCCUACAUUUGCAGGGGAUCAGGAUCUGGUCGGAUGAUGAGGAGGACUCUCCUGUUGCUGCUGGCCUCUCUGGCCUUUGGAUCUCUCAUUUCUCUCUCUGAUGGCGCUCCACUGCAGGUGAUGUCUGCCCCCAACUUGUUGCGUGUACGAACGGCAGAAAACAUCUUUGUGGAGUGUCAGGACUGCACAGGAGGUGACAUCAGGGUGGAAAUACGAGUAAUGAACCAUCCAACCAAAACUAAAAACCUGGCAUCAACGACUGUCAACCUCAACGGACAAAAUGACUUCCAGGCGCUCGGACAGAUAAUGGUCCCUCCUGAAGAGUUCAGUAAAGAUCCAAACAUAAAGCAGUAUGUAUACCUCCAAGCUGCGUUCCCUGACCGCGUGCUGGAGAAAGUCGUCUUAGUGUCCUUCCAGGCCGGGUACAUCUUCAUCCAGACUGAUAAGACCCUCUACACCCCUGAAAGUACAGUUAAUUUCAGGAUGUUUGCAGUGACACCCAGAAUGGAGCCUGUGGGAAAGGAUGAAGAUACACAAACAGAAGCUUCCAUUGCCAUUGAGUUUGUGACCCCUGAAGGCAUCAUUUUACCACUCACACCACUCUCUCUGAAGUCAGGGAUCCUCUCUGGGGAUUACAAAUUACCAGAAAUUGUCAGUCUUGGACUGUGGAAGGUGGUGGCGAAGUUUAACAGGUACCCACAGCAGAGCUACUCAGCAGAGUUUGAGGUCAAAGAAUAUGUGCUGCCCAGUUUUGAGGUUCAACUGUCACCCGUGCUCCCUUUCUACUACGUGGACAGCGAAGACUUCACGGUCGACAUCAAAGCUACGUAUCUGUUCGGUGAAGAGGUGGAUGGGAUGGCCUACGUGGUGUUUGGGGUUAUGCAGGAAAAUCAGAAGAGGAGCUUCCAAGCCUCUCUUCAGCAAUCUCCUCUCCAGGCAGGGAGCACAGUGGUGACCCUGAAGAGAGAACACAUCGCUCAGGCCGUCAACGACGUCAACUCGCUCAUCGGGAGCUCCAUCUAUGUAGCUGUCAGCGUGCUAACAGACAACGGUGGUGAAAUGGUGGAGGCAGAGUUGAGAAAUAUCAAGGUUGUAACAUCACCUUACUCCAUCACCUUCAAGAAGACGCCCAAAUAUUACAAACCAGGGAUGUCCUUCGAUGUUUCGGUUGAAGUUUUGAACCCUGAUGGCUCUCCGGCUAAAAGUGUUCCAGUGGUAUUGGAUCCAGGCGAGGUGCAGGGCAACACUAUGGCUAAUGGCUUGGCAAGGCUUUCUAUCAAUACAGAGGCUGGGACCAACAACCUUCAAAUUACUGCAAGGACCAAGGAUCCCAAAAUCUUAGAUGUCAGACAGGCAUCCGCCACCAUGCAUGCUAUCCCGUAUACCUCCAAAAGCAACAACUUUAUCCACAUAGGUGUUGAUAACGCUGAGCCGGAACUGGGUGGAAAUCUUAAAGUUAACCUUAACCUCCGCCGGCCAAAUAACGCAUACAGUGAUAUCACUUACCUGAUCCUGAGCAGAGGUCAGCUGGUGCAAAGUGGCCGCCACCAUUCAAGAGAUCAGGUGCUGAUUUCCCUGCCCAUUCCAAUCACCAAGGAUAUGCUUCCAUCGUUUCGCAUCGUAGCCUACUACCACACAGUCAACAAUGAAGUGGUAUCAGACUCUGUUUGGGUGGACGUUAAGGACACUUGCAUGGGCACGCUGCGGUUGGAAUCAUCCCGACCCGCUGCAUCCUAUGAACCUGGUAAGAUGUUUGGUCUGAAAGUAACAGGAAACCCAGGAUCCAUAGUGGGACUUGUGGCAGUCGACAAAGGCGUCUAUGUCCUGAACAACCAGCACCGCCUCACGCAGAAGAAGGUGUGGGACAUUGUAGAAAAGUACGACACAGGCUGCACACCAGGCGGAGGAAAAGAUAGUAUGGGUGUGUUCUACGAUGCUGGGCUGCUGUUUGAGUCCAGUACUGCUUCUGGGACCGACUACAGACAAGAGUUGAAAUGCCCCGUCCCGAACAGGAGGAAAAGAGCCAUAACUGAAGUCACAAACACUUUAAUGAGCAAAUAUCAAGACAACCUACAGCGCGAGUGUUGUCGGGAUGCCUUGAAGGACACGCCUGUUUCAUACAACUGUGAGAGGCGAAGCGAGUACAUUGUGGAUGGUGCGGAAUGUGCCGAGGCCUUCCUGUACUGCUGCAAGCUGCUUGAAAGCAUUCGAUCAGAACUGAGAGAAGACAAUCUCCUUCUGGCUCGCAGUGAGGAAAAUGACAUCAGCUUCACAGACAGCAAGGAUAUUGUUUCUCGUACAAAGUUUGCUGAAAGUUGGCUGUGGUCAGAAAUCCCACUUGCUUGCCCUCCAAAUAAGCGGAACUGUGACACCACAACCUUUCAAAAAAAUGUUCCCUUGCAAGACUCAAUCACGACCUGGCAGUUCACUGGCAUCAGUCUGUCAAAGACUCACGGAAUCUGUGUUAGCGAGCCAUUUGAAGUGAUUGUCCGCAAAGAGUUAUUCAUCGAUCUCCGUUUGCCCUACUCUGCUGUACGAGAGGAACAGCUAGAGAUUAAAGCAAUCCUCCACAACCGCAGCCCAGAUCUUCUAACUGUGCGUGUGGAACUGAUUGAGGACGUAAACCUGUGUAGUGCAGCCUUUAAGCGUGGAAAGCAUCGUGAGUUGGUCAAAGUUUGGCCUCAUUCUUCACGAUCCAUACCUUUCAUCAUUAUCCCCUUGAAGGAAGGACUGCACAGGGUUGAGGUCAAAGCGUCUGCGAUGGACUCAUCACUCACCGAUGGAAUCAUGAAGAAGCUGCGUGUGGUGUCUCAAGGUGUUCUAGUGAAAUCUCAUCAGACUGUGACCCUUGACCCGACUAAAAUUGGUGUUGAUGGUAAACAAGUAGCAAUACUAAACAGUAAUAUUCCUAAGAAAGAUUUGGUUCCAAACUCGUCUGCUCGCACUGAGAUCGCUGUGACGGGGAGAGAGCAGGUUUCUACACUACUGGAGAACGCUAUCAGUGGGAACUCUAUGGGAACUCUGAUCUACCAGCCCUCUGGCUGCGGAGAGCAGAAUAUGAUCCACAUGACCCUGCCCGUCAUCGCCACCACAUACCUGGACAAAACCAACCAAUGGGAAACUGUGGGCUUUCAGAGACGUGAUGAAGCCCUUCAACACAUCAAGACUGGCUACCAGAAGCAGGUCACCUACCUUAAAAGUGAUGGUUCCUUUGCUGUGUGGCCCAAGCACCAGAGCAGCACAUGGUUGACAGCCUACGUUGUCAAGGUGUUUUCCAUGGCCAACAAUUUAGUGGCAGUAGAAAGCAACGUGAUCUGCAACGCCGUCAGGUUUCUCAUUCUCAGCGCACAACAACCUGACGGCAUGUUCAGGGAAGUCGGAGCUGUUAUCCACGGAGAGAUGAUUGGUGACGUUCGCGGCACAGAUUCAGACGUCUCCAUGACGGCCUUCUGCCUCAUUGCUAUGCAGGAGUCCCGCACACUGUGCUCUGCCACCGUUAAUAGCCUGCCACUUAACAUAGACAAAGCAGUGGCCUUCCUGGAGAAUCGUCUGCCCGGCCUUACCAACCCGUAUGCUGUCGCCAUGACAUCAUACGCCCUCGCCAAUGAAAACAAAAUGGAUCGGGCUGUCCUUUAUAAGUUUGUCUCCUCAGAGUUGAACCACUGGCCAGUAAUUAAGGGAAAUAUUUUCACGCUGGAGGCCACAGCUUACGCUCUUCUCGCUCUGGUUAAGACCGAGGCCUUGGAAGAUGCUGGACGUGUAGUCAGAUGGCUCAGCAAACAGCAGAAGGUGGGCGGAGGUUAUGGAUCGACUCAGGCUACCAUAAUGGUGUACCAGGCUGUGGCUGAGUACUGGGUCAGAGCUCAAGAACCAGAGUAUGACCUGAAUGUGGACAUCAAGUUACCAGGCAGAGCGAACCCUGACAAAUUCAAGUUCAACAUAGAAAGCCAAUUCACAACAAGGACAUCCAAAAUGAAAGAUAUAAAUCAGGAUGUGACAGUGAGUGCAACGGGCACAGGAGAAGCAACAGUGACAAUGGUGUCACUGUAUUACGCCCUGCCUAAAGAAAAGGAAAGCGACUGCAAGAAGUUUAACUUGUCUGUGCAGCUCAUCCCAGAUAAAAAGGCUCGAGAAGAGAGGACUUACUGGCUGAGAAUAGAAGUCUUGUACAAAGACCCAGACCGUGAUGCCACCAUGUCGAUCCUGGAUAUCGGCAUGCUCACCGGCUUCACUGCUAACACACAAGACCUGGACAGAUUAUCCAAAGGACAUGCCCGGACUAUUUCCAAAUACGAGACGAACACAGUCCUGUCUGAAAGAGGCUCACUCAUCAUCUACCUUAAUAAGGUUUCUCACACACGGCCAGAAGAGAUCACGUUCAGGAUCCAUCAGAAGUUUAAUGUGGGAGUCCUACAACCAGCUGCUGUGUCUGUCUAUGACUACUAUGACCAAACACAUUGUGUGAAGUUCUACCACCCUGAAAGGAAAGCUGGAAAGCUGCUGCGUCUUUGCAGAGAUGAUGAAUGCAGAUGUGCUGAAGAGAAUUGCAGCAGACAGAAGAAGGACCAAAUCGACAAUGCCCAGCGGACUGCUAAAGCCUGUGAGAGUACCGCGACCAGCAAAAUAGAUUUUGUGUACAAAGUGAUGCUUGAAGAGUUUAGACCAGAAUUAACCCUCGACAUUUAUAACAUGAGGGUACUGGAAUCCAUCAAAGAAGGAACUUAUGACGUGGGUCCCCGGAAUAAAAUACGCACAUUCCUCAGUUACCAGCACUGCAGAGACACUUUACAACUGAUGGAGGGAAAAACCUACCUGAUCAUGGGCACAUCUAAAGACAUUGUCCAAGAUGAAGAAAACAAUUCAUUUCAGUAUAUACUCGGUGAGAACACCUGGAUUGAGUACUGGCCCACAAAUGCAGAGUGUCAAGAACAGGAGCACAGACCGACCUGUUUGGGCAUGGAGGAGCUGGUCAUGACGUAUGAAUUCCAUGGAUGUCAGCACUAGAGAAAGUCAAGGACAUAAAAUGUUCUUUUCAAACAGUUACUUUGAAUUAUCCUGAUUUUUGUAUAACAUCCAGUGCUAUUAAAUGAGCUGUAAAAGCUA